UCAAAACCGGAAAUGCCCCGGAUAGGCACUUUAACCGAGGGUUUGGCGACUUGUUUUUCAUUCUGUAUCAGCAACAUAAAGGAGAAAAUGGUGUAGCUUCGAACAUUAGUCUGAAAGUCCCAUUCCAACGACGAGGACGUUGUUGCUCCCCAGCUGCCACCGACCUAAAAGCGGGCCGGUGUUGAGCGUUCUACCGGCGACAGGAUGACGUGCCGCGACCGGACCAUCGAGUUCCAGUCGGCCUGCAAGUCUCUUCAAGGAAGACAGAAUGGAGUGCAGCCCAGUAAACCAGUUGUCAGUGCUCUCAGGCAACGCAGUGACUUCACGGUCAUGGCCAAGAGAAUUGGAAAAGACCUUAGCAAUACAUUCGCCAAGCUGGAAAAGCUCACAAUUUUGGCCAAAAGAAAAUCUCUAUUUGACGACAAGGCAGUGGAGAUUGAGGAGCUCACAUAUAUCAUUAAACAAGACAUUAACAGCCUAAACAAACAAAUAGCUCAGCUACAAGACUUGAUCAGGUCACGCGGUGCUGCGGGUGGCAAACACAUCCAAACCCACUCAAACACCAUUGUGGUGUCCUUACAGUCAAAAUUGGCCUCAAUGUCUAAUGACUUCAAGUCAGUCCUGGAAGUCAGAACGGAGAACUUAAAACAGCAGCGCAGCAGAAGAGAGCAGUUUUCUCAACCUCCUGCCGCCUCCUCACCUCUUAUGGCCAAUAACUUCAGGAGCCGCAAAAAAGGGGCCCAGGAGCCGUAUGCAGCUCGCGAGCCGCGCAAUGACUACCAGGGCUUUACAACCUCAAAUGUAAAAGAAAGCUCUGUCCUGAUGCAGGAUGAGUCCCGGAGUCUGGGCGACGUGGCCAUCGACAUGGACUCUCAAGCCAACCCCAUGCAGCUCCAGCUCAUUGACGAGCAGGAUUCGUACAUCCAGAGCCGCGCUGACACCAUGCAGAACAUUGAGAGUACCAUCGUGGAACUGGGCUCCAUAUUCCAGCAGCUGGCACAUAUGGUCAAAGAACAGGAGGAGACCAUUCAGAGGAUCGACUCCAAUGUCGAGGACACACAGCUUAACGUGGAAGCGGCCCACUCGGAGAUCCUCAAGUACUUCCAGUCAGUGUCCUCCAACCGCUGGCUGAUGAUCAAGAUCUUCCUGGUCCUUGUUGUAUUCUUCAUUGUUUUUGUCGUCUUCUUCGCCUGAGGAGGAGCGAGAAAUAGGUGGACUUUUUUUUUUUUUGUGAAGGACUUACCUUUAUACGGAAGCUCGGUUAUCCCGUGGAGGGAAUACACACUUUGUAUAAAAUGGAGAACGUUUUCCACAUCGGAAGGAAAACAAAGCCCCACAUUUUUUUGUAGGGAGUAAAAGCUGUUCAGAAUUGUGCAUUGACCAAUAACUCCUAAAUGUUUAUGGCUAUAAUUGAAUGGUUUGAUUCUCCAAACUGUCUUUUAAUUUUGAUUUUUCUUCAGACAUGUGAUAUAUUUCACAGCCAAACUGCAAGCUUGGUACUGGGAUUAAGUUUAUGUUCCAUUUUCCUUCCUCGCUGAUUUCCUGCCACAACCUUAGAGUGUUGACAUGGAUAUAGUUUCUUUUUGCCAAAUGUAAGCGAGCCCAUCUGCGUACAUGCGGACCGACCCCCACAGGAGGACUUUGCAGACUGAACCUGAGGUGGAUCGAAGUGCUCUACUCGGGUCACAUUACUAAUAGAACAUUUAAUUGGAAACCAGAACGGACCCUCAAUGGUUUCACUGUUGGACAUUGGCGCUUAUGAAGGGGUUUAACUCUUACCUGGAAGUGUCAGUCUGGAAUUCAAUUUUGCACACUCACACCUUCUGAAUCAUCAAAAUGUACAGGAUAUUAUUUAAAUGACCAUUUUUGAGAAGAAAUACAUUAUUCCAAUUUUUUUCUUUUUAGCUGACUGCCUUGCCUUCAUGUAAAAAGUGCAAAUAGUGACGAACGGUGUAUUGAUGAGAACGCAUAUUAAUAAAACCAUAACAGGGUGCUGGCUUUAAUGGGAUUUUCUUUUGGGUUAA